GGAGUUGAAAUUGUCAUAUAAAAGCGACAAGUCGGCUAUAGUGCGAAGUAGAUUUGCAAAGAUUUCCCCUGUCUCUGCUUUUUGUCUUUUCGUUUCCCAAAAGCAGAUCUCUUUCUCUCUCCGUGAUCUUCCAAUCCCACCCACCAUUCAUUCAUUCAAUUCAACCAAGCCCACCACCCCUCAUAUAUAUACAAAACUGGUGCUUUGUUUCCCAAAUGUAUGUAUAUGUAUAUUCAUCUCUCCCAAGCAUAUAGUUGCAGCUGAGGUGUUUGUGGAAAAUCCCAGGACAGGGAAAUGGCUGUUGAAGAUAUCGGGAGCGGUUGCUCUUCAAGCGGUGAUCAAGAAUUCCAUGUUCUAGCUGUGGAUGAUAGUAUUAUUGAUAGGAAGGUCAUCGAGCGGUUGCUCAAGAUUUCUUGUUGCAAAGUGACAGCUGUGGAAAGUGGGAGUAGAGCUCUGCAGUAUUUAGGCAUAGAUGGGGAGAGAAGCUCUCUUGGAUUUGAUGAAUUAAAGGUGAAUCUGAUAAUCACGGACUAUUCCAUGCCUGGAAUGACUGGAUAUGAACUACUAAAGAAGAUUAAGGGUUCGACGAAGUUGAGGAAAAUACCGGUGGUGAUCAUGUCAUCUGAGAACAUUUUGGCUCGAAUCGAUAGGUGCUUGGAAGAAGGGGCAGAGGACUUCCUUAUGAAACCGGUGCAGCUCUCGGAUGUGGAGAGAUUGAGAGAUUUCAUGUUGAGAGGGGGGGAGGAUAGGGAGGUGGUGGGAUGCAAGAGGAAGACUCGUGAUGAUUCUUGCUCCUCCUCCGUCCUCAGCUGCGACCGCGAUCACCCCUUGUCUCCAAUAUCAGUAUCCGCAAUGGCACACUGUAAGCCUAUAAGUAAGCGCUCGAGGCUGCUGGCCACUGAUUGAGACCGGCUGCUGGACGUUUAUGGCUUGGUUGUGACACACACGACGUGGUGAUUCUUGCUCCUUGUCUUGUCUCCAAUAUCAGUAUCCGCUAUGGGCCUAUGGCACAUUGUAAGCACUCGGGCUGCUUGCCACUGAUUGAGACUGGCCGCUGCUCGACGUUUAUGCCCAUACACAACAUUUUAUUGGGCAGCUUGUAACUGCCCUUCAGCGCUUUAGAGGGAGCCUGGAAUUACAUGAAAACUGAGUCAAGAUAUUCAAGAAAGAUGUUUGAAGGCAAUGAGGAUGCAAAUUUUUUCAAUGGUUCGUGCUGCCUCGGAUUUCUAUUUUUGAACAUAAGGUUGGUAGAAAUUUAGGAAAUAGGGAUUGAAAAUUUGGUGGUAAAUAAUUAAAUCCGUGUUAGCUAACUAACAGUAGUAGAAAUAUUUGCAAAUCGAAGCUUCACUUUUUUGUUUUGUAUCUGGCAGAACAGAAUUUUUUGCGUCCUUUCUCUUUUGAAAGGAGAAUCUAUUACCACGAUUAAAAGAA